AUGAACAAGCGCUGGCCUCCUCUGGCCGACAAGACCUCCCUCCCCUACAGGCUCACCACCCUCUCCAAGCAAAAACUCGCCCGCGAGGCCACCGCGCCCGACCCGGAUAUCAGACGAUGCCUCGGCCACUUUCGCCUCCACUGCACGUCCAUGGAGUGGGCCCAGCGGGAUAUGACCUCUCGCAUCAAUUCGUUUGAUCUCGAUUCCGACUCGGAGGACGAGGAGGAGAUACAUGACGAUGAGGUUCCAGAGGUGGUGGAGCGUCUUGUCGAGAAGGCCAGCAGUGCUACCAUCACUGAACCCGCCGCUAAAGAGGAGACGACGCUCCAUGUGAGCUUUGAAGUCGUAUCAAGCGUCCCUGCCUCUACUCCUACUCCGUCCACACCAACAUCAACAACAGAACAAGAAAAAGAGAGCCUCCUGGAAAAAGGCCGCAGUUGUCUGGAAAAGACAGUCCAGAUGAAACAUUUCUGGCCCGCCCGUGGGCCCUGUCUACCUGUGCGCAUCGCCGGGUAA